AUGUCGGACAAGGACUCGGAGUCGAAUCCUACUCCCCAACAGCCUCUUCCACCGGGAAUGGUCUUGGGCCCUGACGGCAAGCCGUGUAAAAUCUGCACCGCUUUUCGUUACUGGAAACCGCGCAAACAGAAUAGUAGCAAAGCACCGAGCCACGAUGGCCGGAACUCUACUACCUCAAUGAUGGCUGCAAUGGCGACAGGACAGAGCUUAGCAUCUCAAUCAGAGCCGGAGCCGGAGCCAGAAACGCGUCCAGAGUACUGUCCGCCGGACGUCGAGCAACUCGGGCGCGCCACCUGGACGUUCCUCCAUACCACUGCUGCGUACUACCCCGAGCGCCCUACCCCGACUCAGCGUGCCAACAUGCUCAUGCUGCUGCGAUCUCUACCAAUUCUAUACCCUUGCACAUAUUGCGCGUCGCAUCUUGACACGAACAUGCAGGACAACCCACCGAAUGUCAGCGGACGGGUCGCGCUUAGCAGGUGGUUGUGCGAGCGGCAUAACGACGUGAAUGUGCGACUGGGGAAGGACAAGUUUGAUUGUUCGAUUGAGAAGACGGACGAGCGGUGGAAGGACGGCCCUGCUGAUGGCAGUUGUGAUUAG